UAUUAAGUCAGUCACUUACUUGUAUCAAUUUUCGGAAGCAGAUAUCUUGAGCAAAUUAUACAGCGCAUUAAUCAUUUAACGCAAUUAUAAGUUCAGGCUGAAGGACUACUUGCCUAUAUAUAUUCUCUCCUUUCCCCUAUCCAGCAUCAUCUUUUCCCAAAAUAAAUCUGUCAAGAUCAACUUAUAACUAUUAACAUAAACGUCUAGCAUACUAUGGAGAUGCAGCUAAAUUCGUUCCGGGUUGUGCCCGGGUUUUUCCAUCACCACGACGAGCCCACCGGGCCAUCAUUCAGAGCAAAAACACUGCCAAAUAUGGGACUUAUCAAUCGCGUUUAUGGGACAGACGCAGUCUUUGACCCAAAGGGGGAGAAGAGCCAAUGGGAGCGAUUCGUCCACUACCUAGAGUCCUCAAACAAGAAUGCAAACGACGGCGUCCAGUAUAAGCUGAUUUUCCUUAUCAGACAUGGUCAAGGCUACCAUAAUCUCAAGGAGGCUGAAGUAGGACGACAGCAGUGGGAGUCGUACUGGUCGCACCUCGAUGGUGAUGGAAAUACUGUUUGGGCCGAUUCUCAUCUGGCAGAAAAGGGGAAACAGCAAGCACAGGCGCUGAACGACUUCUGGCGCAACGCGAUCACGGCAGGAAUGCCGACACCACAGAGAUACUAUACAAGUCCUCUUACACGUUGCCUCGAAACCACCAGUAUCACAUACUCGGGCCUCGAUGUACCAGCCGAUCAUCCUUUUAGACCGAUCAUCAAGGAGAAUCUGCGAGAGCGUUACGGGAAGCACACUUGUGAUCGUCGCAGUUCAAGGAGCUGGAUUGCGGCGAACUUUCCCGGCUUCCGAAUCGAAUCAACGCUUACAGAAACAGAUGAGCUAUGGGAAAAGGACGUUCGAGAGUCGGAAGGAGAGAUUGCUGACCGAGUGAAGAUGCUUCUACAAGAAAUCUUCCAGCAAGAUGAUAAUUCGAUCCUCUCAUUCACAGCACAUUCCGGCUUCCUCAGGGCUCUAUAUCAUGUUAUUGGUCACCCUGAUGUUUGGGUGUCAGCUGGCGCAAUGGUGCCUGUACUGAUUAGAGCAUCAUAGAUGAGCAGCGAGACAUCGGCAGUGGUGUUGGAUGUUGAGUGGGAGUUAUGAGCCGUGACUCUCGAACGAACUUGUAUGA